CAAAUCCCACUUCGAUCCGAUGAGUAUUGUACGAUAUCAUAGCUAUUGGUCCGGCACAUUCCUCUGUUUUUGAAGCUUCCUCCUGGUGGACUCAUUCUCUCUGGAAAUUCAAAACUUCAAACACAGCGAUACACCACCAGCCUAAGAAAGGAGAGGAGUGAAUAUGUCGGGAAGCGAAGAUCCGUCCGACACAAUGCCCUCGGCCAAACGAAAGAAAAAGAUUCUAUAUUGCUUGGAUUUCGAUGGCGUUUUGUGCGACAGCGUAAACGAAACGUUUCACAGUGGGCUGCGGGCUUGCAGAUUAAUCUGGAACGAAUCCUCGGAUCCGAGCAAACCGAGUCAAUGGAUCGACGACCUCGAUCGCGACUCUCAAAGAAUGAAAACCCUGAUGGAAGACUUUCGGUACGUUCGACCCAUCCUGUACGUCGGGUGGGAAUCGAUCCUGUUGAUCCGGUUUUUGGCAUGCGGGGACGAGGAAGAAACUUUGCUAGGCCCAAACGCCUCGAAAGACGCAGGCGCAGCGCCAAAACGACUUUCGAAGCGCGAUGCCGUGUUCCAAAGGUUCCACAGCGGCCUAAAGGACCACGCACUGGAAGCGUGGGGAUUCUCCGCGCAAGAGUAUGGGGCAGCCCUGUCCGAUGCGCGAAACGCCUGGAUUKCCCAGGGCGACGACGAUGACAGCGGGGRGGGCUCCUGGAUCGAUGCRCAYGGAUUCUAUGGAGGCGCCUGCGAGGCGGUUCGUUACUACCUCAGAGAAAAGGGGAACGAGGAUAUUUACGUCAUAACGACCAAGGCAAAGGAAUUUGCACUCCGGUUGCUCGAAAAACAGGAUCUGUUUCGAUCGGGAACURCAGCUCCCGCUGCUGUUUCCACUAGCMUGUGCUUWAAAGAUUCUCACGUGUUUGGGUUGGGAUCYGGUCCCAAAGCAAGCGUGCUGCAAAGAAUUCUAGAAGAGCGCCAAUCCAAWUACAAUGGCUCAGAACCGAUAGAUUUCGUAGCAGUCAUGGUAGAGGACAACGUCGCGACCCUCGAUAAGAUAUCGAGGUCGCCUGUCGGAAACAAGAUCCUUUCGGYAGUGGCGUCCUGGGGGUACAACUCAAACGAGCAACUGGCUGAGGUUUUCCAAGCCAAAACCAAUCGUCGUGGCAGCGACGACAAAGACGAAAGCAACUGCUACAUCGUUCUUCCGCCGAGGAAGAACCCCGAGUCCCCCGACACCAUGGAGCGGGCGCUCGAGUGGGCACAGUGCAGUAAAGACAGGGAUCCCASUGGGUCAUCCCUGGCAUCGGUGCUUUUGACACCUGGCRACGCUGGAAGGUUGUUGGCAAAGAGCUGUCCGAUCGGAACCCCCAUAGGCAGCGAGGACGAGGACCAGGAUCCAUACGAUUUUUCCUCCGCAGAAAACAUUGCGGAGGCGCAUUUCCGAUAAUACUGGACAUCAUUUUUUARUUCGUGCCUCUGAAAUUGGGAUACCAUAUACUAGUAGUAGUGGAAGAAGUAGUGGCUGCUAAGCUAGUAGCUAACAAGUUUGUGCAGGAAGAUCAAUUUGGAUUUUGGCUUGAGAAUCAUUCGCGAAUUACGACCUUGUAGCAUGGAGUAUGAAACGGAGGAAUACUGAACUAAAGUACUUCGUAUCCACUAAGUACUUCGUAUCCACUACUUGAAUGUACUGUAAUUGAUUUCAAUUUUCGAAAGUACCCGUUGCAACUCAGGCAUUUCUGUAUAGAGCUAUUAAGUACGGACCCCAUUAUAACAAGUAAUUGGCAAUUCCCAUACAAACACUAGUAGAAAAUGUAAGCAAAUAUUUACCAGUAAAACCUGUUAUAUUAACUGUCAAUGCAAUAGAGACCUKUAAAAAAU